AUAUUUUUCUUCAGUCGUGUCGGGUCAGCAGCGCGGUGUGGAUGUCUGUUUUCUACGUUCGGUCGUUUGUGAAAUCGAAAUUGACAUGAAUUUGCUGUACAGAAGCUGUGACGAAUCCUUUGUAUAGUUGUUGUUCAAUUAUUGGCGGUUUUGUGCUUUUCUUUGGCACUAGUAAAGAAAAACAGGCGAAAUUAUUUUCAUUGACCCAGGAAUUGUUGACGCGAAACAUUCAAGAUGAAGCAGCUGGAAGAAUCGCCAGCCUUGUGCCGCUCGGAGGGAAAUAUUUUCUGGUGGAUUAUGUCCACCAUUUGGCUUCCGUUCACAUUGCCCCAUCUGAUAUUUAAAGUCAUUGGCAUGAUUAGGGAGCGACGAUACCGCGAGUGUCUGCCGGGAAAGGUAGUUCUAAUUACUGGCGCCAGUUCCGGAUUGGGAGAAGCCUUGGCCCACACCUUCUUCCUGGCAGGGUGCAAAGUGGUUCUGGCUGCCAGACGGAAAGAUGAACUCGAGCGGGUUCGGAAAGAUUUGCUGGCACUUCACACGACCGUCGUGACGCAUUCCCCUGUGGUAGUUCCGUUGGAUCUAUCGGAUAUCAACUCGCUCCCGAAUAAGGUAAAAGAAGUGUUGGAAAUCCACGGACAAAUAGACAUUCUCAUCAAUAACGGCGGGAUAAGCGUCAGGUCGGACUGCCUAUCCACAGCACUGGACGUCGACAUCAAGGUGAUGUUGGUCAAUUAUUUCGGCACGGUGGCCUUGUCCAAAGCUUGUCUCCCAUCGAUGAUCAAACGCAAGGAAGGCAGAAUUGUGUGCGUUUCAAGUGUACAGGGCAAGUUCAGUAUUCCGCAUCGCUCUGCAUAUGGUGCCUCAAAGCACGCCCUGCAGGCGUUCUGCGAUAGUCUCCGGGCAGAAAUGGCUGAGAACAACGUGAGGGUGACAUUAGUUUCACCAGGCUAUAUUAACACUGCGCUAUCGUUCAAUGCACUCACUGGCACCGGGAAGCAGUAUGGAAAAAUUGACUCCACAACUGCAUCCGGUUCUUCACCGGAAAAAGUAGCCAAGCUCAUACUGAAAGCUGUUCUGCGCGAUGAAGAUGACAUCACGAUUGCUCCCAUCGCCCCAAGACUGGCGUACUGGAUUCGCCAUUUGUGUCCACCGUUAUAUUUCCGGAUAAUGGCAAGCAGGGCGAAGAAGGUCGAUUCAUCCGCCAGCAAAGAUGACUAAUCGUGCAAAGCAUGAUCCAAUACUAAGCCAGGAUUCCUUUGGAAAUAGCUUGGACGAAUACUUGGCGAACUUUUAGAGAAAUAUCUAGAAGAAAUCUCUCAGGACCUUUGACAGAAUCAAUGUGCAGUAAGUAAUCAAUCCUCCUAGUUAAUUAUGGUCGUUUUUAGUCAAUAUUUUUCUCAUACAUUAAGAAGGUGAAUGAGAUCUUCGACGAAAUUUAUGCUGCAUCAAAGGACCUGUUUUGAAGAAGCGCUAGAAAGAACUCCUGCAUGAAUUCAUUGUGCAAUUCUUAGUAAAACUCCUCAUGAAAUUUCUCUAAAGGAUUCCAAAAUAAAUUACCAUCAGAAAUCCAAAAA